UUCCUCCCAAACUGACUGCUUCCUUAUCCAGUCAAGAAGACCACAAAGUUCAACAAUGGCCAUCACUGACAUCCUCUCUGCUAAGGAUAUUGAAUCUGCUCUCUCCAGCUGCCAGGCUGAUGAUUCCUUCAACUACAAGUCUUUCUUCUCCAUGGUUGGUUUAUCCAGCAAAAGUACUGAUCAAAUAAGGAAAGUUUUUGCAAUCCUUGAUCGGGACAAGAGUGGUUUCAUUGAAGAGGAUGAGCUGCAGCUGUUCCUGAAGAAUUUCUCUUCAGAUGCCAGAGCCCUCACCUCGGUGGAGACCAAGGCUUUUCUGGCUGCAGGAGACACUGAUGGUGAUGGCAAAAUUGGAGUGGAAGAAUUCCAGUCUCUAGUGAAGGCAUAAACAUCACUAGACCAAAGGCAACCUUGGACUGACUCUGCCGAUUACCUCGUCCAGCAAGCACUUCGCACUCAGCAUGUGUUUGUACAUUUUUAUAUUGUUUCAGGCAUUAACCGUUCCCCACACAUGAAGUUCACACACCUGAUUGCUGAGAAAUCUUGCAAUCUUUUGGUCACAUGGCAUUGUUACAUUUCCAUUGUAAAGAAGGCACUUUGAGAUAUUCCACCACUGAUAAUGUUAAAAUUGUGGUUGAGAGAGGGGAGAAAACAAUUAAAAAAUUAACUAAACAGAAAGAACCUUGGGGGGAAAAGCUGCUUUUAAAAAUUUUGUUUAGGUUCUCCAUCCUCAUAUUUGAGCAUACUGACUCGCCAGACACAGUUCUGAUGACCUUAAACCAUAUGAUAUCUUCUCAGGCUUAAUUGUACAGGUUUAAUUGAGGUUUAUUUCUGAUUAAUUCUCUGAUACUUGAGAAAAAGCAAUGCUGAAAAGAUAGCUGAAAAUAAUUCUUAUUAAGUCCCAACCCUGUGAAUAUGAGAAAAAAUUAAGACAUUUAAGAGAAGUUCACACGCAGUUCAAAGCACAGAAUAAGUUUGUGGGUAAUUUUACAAAAUAUAGUAGGUUACAGCAUAAUCGUAUCAUCAGAAAGUGUUUAUGGCCUAAAAUGUGACUCUCCCUUAAGAAGAUUUAUAUUUCAUGAAAUCUAAGGCAGCUGUGAGAUAGAGGAGAAGGGUCUAAUCCUACUCUGACACUGUCACAAGUCAUGGUCCGCUGACAACCUGGGCCACAGGCCUGGUGGUUUUUCCAUGAAUCAUGAGCCUGUUGAUUAUUGUCUCUUAACAUGUACAAAACAAUAAUAUUUGCCACAUCUGUGAA